UCGUCCAUAAAUAUCCGGGGCCUCGCCAUUAGCCAGCUCCAAGCAAGCACUCAGAGAUACCUAUUUUCCAAGCUAGCAUUUGGUACACACAUAGGUACACAUAUUUCCAAGCUAAACGAGAGGAUGUCGUUGGUGAGGUUCUUCGACACGCUGGCCCUGGACUCGUGGAACCCCCUCGGCAGCAUCUUCGGCACCACGGCGUCCAGCGGCACCGACGCCUGGCUGGCCAGCGACACCACAGCCUUCGCCGACACCUACAUCGAAAGCCGGGAGACGGCGGAGGCCUACGUGUUCAGCGCCAGGCUCCCCGCCGGGGUCACCAAGGAGGAGGUCAAGGUGGAGGUGGAGGAGGACGGCAAGGUGCUGAUCAUCGCCGGCGAGCGGUGCCUGCGGAGGGAGGCCAAGAGCGAGACGCGCCACCACGUCGAGCGCAGCAGCGCCACCUUCUUCGGCAGGUUCCACCUCCCCGACGACGCCGCGUUGGGCCAGGUCAGGGCCUCCAUGGACGACGGCGGUGCGCAGCUCACCGUCACCGUGCCCAGGGUCGGCGCCGCCGUCCCCGUGACCAUGCCCGAGCCGGCAUUGGCCAUCGAUGUCGUCGAGGCUAGCUCGUGCUGAUGGCGAUCGACGCCGGUGCCGACUCCAUCAGACGUACACGCAGUAAGUUGCUGCGUAUGUAUGAUCUGCUCGAUCAGUCCGCAGAGUAUGUUCUGUGGUUUAGUUUUGAUGCCACAAAUCGUGGCGCUUGGUGUACGUAACUACGUACGUCCGUCGGUCUGUUGCUUUGCUGUAUUAUGAAUGAGCUGCAUGCCUGUAAUAUGCAUGCAUAUUUGCUUGUACUAUUACUUGUCAGUUCUGGUGUUCACGGGCAAGUUAAUGAAGUGUUCCCAGACAAAUUAAUGAAGAGCUAGCUUGAAUCAUUGUCGUAA